CACUCAUAUAGCUCGAUGUUACACAAGCUCUUUUUUAGUGCACAAUCGUUAUUAAAUAUACACAAUGGCGGGAUCAAGAGCUAAUGCAGUGUCAAGCGCAUUGUCUAAAAUAAGGAAGCAGCGCGAAGGAACGACUAAUGCACUUGAUGAAUAUGAAAUUGAAGAUGAAAACGAACGAAUCUAUGAAGUAGUCACAGCGGAAGAAUAUAAAGAUAGGACAUCUAAAAGGAAACUAGAUGAAUUUAUAGAAGGAGGAGAGAUUUUCUCAGAUGAUGAUUACGAAUAUGAUAGCGAAUCUGCAGAUGAAGAUACAGAUAAACGACAAUCAAAAAGACAGUUACCCGAUGGAUAUGGAAAAUCUAUUGAGCAGCAUUUCUCUGAAAUAGCUAGAAAGGAAAGUAUGGCUUACAAAGCACCCAAGGAAGUACAAACAGAUAAACAACUCAUGGAGAAACUCAGUAAAUUUGAAGAUGACCUUGACAACGAUGAUAUGACCAUGGGUUCUACACUCUCGAAUAGUGCCAAUGUCAUUGCAGGUAACUUCCAGAUGAGAAUGGGAUACCCCCAAGGUAUAAACCCUGGGAUGCCAUAUCCCUAUGGCAUGACCGAAAGUGUGGCACCAGUAAUGCCGUAUAAUUACGCCACAGCACCUGCUAUAGGAAUGCCACAAAAUCAGGCAUUUCCACAAUAUCAAAUGUACGCAAAUGUGCCACGACAAAUGCCAGAGGAACAUGUAGAAACAACGGUAAAACAUACCAAAGAGCAGGUAGAUAUACAGAAUAUCACAACUGGAAUUGAUAUAGAUCAUAUAAUCAAGGAAACUAAUUCACAAGAUAAAGUACCACUGCAAUUGGAUAAUUCAAUAGUGGCAGAUUUUGAAGAAGUUGAAGUGGGAGAUAUGGAAGUCAUAGUCACAGAUAGCCCAAGAGAAGGAUCAACACCUGAAUUUGAAAAAACUAUAUCGCAGGAUAAUAACGAAUUGGCUUUUUACUUACUUGAUCUACAUGAAGAUGUUGGCGGAGCACUAAGAUUAUUCGGGAAAAUACGAAGAAGUAAUAGCAGCACGGAUAGCUGCAUGAUCACAGUACAACAGUUUAUGAGGUGCCUCUUUUUUAAAGCACGGAUGGACCUAGAACUGGGACACUUGCCAGAACUUGAAAGUAGCUAUGAAAGAGCAUUCAUGAAGCAAUUCUUUAAUGAAUUCGAAUCGAUAAGAAAGAGCUAUGGGAUAAAAAAGGUAAAGUAUAAACUAGUAAAGCGGAAACUACUAACAUAUGGGCCGUCCGAAGAAGCAUUGUACGUUAAGGUGUGCUAUCCAUAUCAGUACCCGUCACUUAAACAGGAGCAUUUUGAAGGGGAGACUUAUAGUGAUGUAUACGGUGCAACGUCAACACCAGGGGAAUUGUUCCUAGUAAAACGUAAGAUUAAAGGACCCUCGUGGCUUAGAAUAACAGAAGCAAGGAUGUCAAAAGAAAGAAUAACUACAUGUAAACAUGAAUUUGAAAUAGAUAGUCACAAAAAUGUGGAGUUGUGGAACAUAAAGAACUCUGAAGAAUUGCCAACACCUACACUCUGCGUAGCGGCAGUGUCGAUUAAAACCUUUUUCGCAUCACCAACGCACCAGGAAACACUGCAAAUUGCAAUGGUAUACGAUAGAAACUUUAAGCUGGAUACCAGUGAAAUCAAAUCACUAAAUAAAUGCACUCAGUAUAUCGGUAUCAGGAAACUGAAUAACCAAAGUUGGCCGCUGGAAUUGCAGUCAUUCCUGAAAAAACGACCGUAUUUCAGAAUAUUCGAACAUGAACGAGGGUUGUUGGCCAACUUCAUGAAGACACUGGAAGUAAUUGACCCAGAUAUUGUCAUGUGCCAUGAUAUUGCACAGAACUUUUCAGAACCGCUACUCAAAAGAUGCAACGCCCUCAACAUACCACUCAGAGUGUCAUUCUCACGCAUCAGGGCUACGAGAAAAUAUAACCACCCGUUCUUUGCAGGCAGGAUAUUCUGCGAUACUAGGCUGCUUACCAAGGAGCUGCACCAUAACAGAAGUAAUUACGACCUGAGUAGCUGUGUAGCAGACUUGGUAUAUGCAACACCGAUGAAGGAGCAUGCGCUCUACACGAAGCAGUCGUUCAACCUAAAGGAACUAACAAAUUGUUUUGGAGAAACAGCAAUGAAGGAACUAAUGGUGCUGGUACAGGCAAACUCAAAGUGUGCUGUAGACACAUUCAAUUUAGUGAUUAAGCUGCAAGCACUACCGCUGACAAAAGAGCUAACUAAUAUCGCAGGAAAUCUCUGGUCACGCAGUGUACAGUGCGCUAGAUCAGAAAGAAAUGACUUCUUACUGCUGCAUGAGUUCCACAGGUCUAAAUAUAUCAUAGACCAUCACUUCGAAAGGUUCCACAAACAAACGAGCGAUGCCGAUAAAGAUGAUAGCGAUUCGAAAAAAAAGAAUUAUGAAGGUGGGCUCGUACUAGAGCCGGAAACAGGUUUGUAUGAUAACUUUGUUUUAUUGCUUGAUUUCAACUCACUAUACCCCUCCAUUAUACAGGAGUUCAACGUCUGCUUUACAACGGUAAAGUUGCUAGAAGAUGGUUCUGUACAAGUGCUAACGGAAACCACUGGAAUGUUGCCGCAAAUUUUAAAAAGACUUGUAGAACUUAGAGCGUCAGUGAAGGCUGCAAUAGCCGUGGAAAAGAACGACUCCAGGAAAGCACAAUUGGGUGUGAGACAGUUAGCACUCAAACUAGUGGCGAAUUCACUUUAUGGUUGUUUAGGCAGUGUAUACUCCAGGUUCCACGCAAGACAUAUGGCGGCAUACAUCACACAACAGGGAAGAUUGGUACUACAGUCAACCAGAGAAAGAGUUGAAAACCAGUACUCACUACACGUUAUAUACGGUGACACUGACUCACUAAUGAUAGAUACCAAUAUACGUGACGACGGUUCCGAAACAUCAUACGAAGCUGCAAAACAAAUCGCCAACACACUCAUGUCGUCAAUCAAUAAAUCGCAUAAAAAACUGGAAAUUGGAAUGGAUGCCAUGUUCAACAGGUUGCUACUACUAAAGAAAAAGAAAUAUGCAGCACUUAAAGUUGUAGACUAUAAAUCAAGGAUAUUCGCAAGAGAAAUUAAAGGAUUAGAUUUUAUCAGAAGAGACUGGUCAAUACUCACCAAGGAAGUGGGUAAUGCACUACUGGCAAUCAUACUCAAUGAUAAAGUAAACGACCCAGAAGAACUGGGUGUAGAAAAUACAGUCGAAAAAAUACAUGAGACACUAAGAGAUGUAAAUAAUAAAAUCGCAGAAGGUAAUAUACCACCAAAGGCAUGGAUCAUAACUAGACAAUUAGCAAAGAAUCCACAAGAAUAUGGACAAAAUAACAAUCUUCCUCAUGUAACAGUGGCAUUGCGUAUGAAUGAAUCCGGAGCGUCAUUCAGCGCAGGGCAUGAAGUGCCGUUUAUCAUAUGCUCCAAAGAGUCAAUUGAGAAAUUGGUACUACAGGAUAAUGCAGAAUCCAAUGAAAAGAAAACAGAACUUGAUGUAAAACUGAGGUCGUUAUGUAACAGGGCUUAUAGUCUAACGGAAUUCCAACAAAAGGGUCUUGAACCUGAUAUACAGUACUACAAGACACAGCAAUUACUACCACCAAUACUAAGGUUAUGUGGAGUUAUCGAAGGAACUGACCCACAAAAAUUAGCCAGCUGCCUGCAAAUUCAAGAUGAUGUUAACAGGACCAUACUGAAUACCAACUACGGAUCGUUCGAUUAUGCAGAACACGAAUCUAAAGCACUGAGCCUUAUCAACAGAACUGAUGACAGAUAUAGAGAAGUGGAAAUCACAACAACUGUAAGAUGUCAGUUCUGCAAUAACGGAGUUGCAGCAAACUACUUCCUAAGAAAUAUGACCUGCAGUAACUGUGGAAACUGGAUACCGCUACACGCAAUGCGCAAUUGGAUCACAAGAACUGUAUACGAAAUCGCUAUGCAAUCGGCAUUCUGCAUAAGGAUAUGUAACAUUUGCAAUACAAUGACACCAAACGUAUGCAUAGGAGAUAAUGAUAUGUGCCCCCAGCCAACGUGCCAAAGCCGAGAUGCAAUGGAACUGGUAUUACCAGCAUCCAAAAUAUACCUGUACUACGAAUACCUCAUCUACAUGCUAGAAGGAACACUUAAAAAUGAAGAAGGAAAGGAUCGCGAAGAUACUCUGGUCAACAUGACAGUAGACAUGAAUGGGAAAAUGACAAUACUCACAGCAAAAAAUCCACCACGAAAGACAAAACCAUUCAACGAUAUACUGCAAAGCACGUUACGCAUGGCAAACUUAAGAGCAACAUCGGGAUUCCGAAUUUGUGGUCAGUAUAUACUAGGAAUCAUAGAGGCGCUGCCCUUCAUGAAAUAUCACACAGUGGACUACCAACUUGAACGUCAACACAUGUGCGAGCUGCUUAAGGAAUUGCAACAAAGAAACGCAUACAGCGUGGUCACACUAGCUGAUGUGUUCAGCACACUUAAAGUUUAACCUGCUGAAGUAGUAUAUACCCAGUGACCCCCCAUAGCAACAU